AUAUCAUAUUCCCCUGGUCCCGCUCUUCACUCUGCAUCAAUUCAUGUAAGUCUUUCCAGGUUUUUUAAAAAUUUGCCUGCUCAUCAUUUCUAAUAACACAAUAAAUAGUAUUCCAUUACAUUCUUAAACCACAAUUUGUUCAGCCAUACCCUCAAUUUCUAAUUCAUUGUCACAAAAAUGAGCUGCUAUAUUUUUGUAAAAGUUGGUCCUUUUCCCUUAUUUAAUGAUUUCUAUCAAGAAGUUUCAUUUUCAUGCUCUUGGUGUUUCAGUGCCUUGAUAAGAAUUCUGAAGUCUUUCAAAGUUGAUUUUCUCUGUGAUAGUAACACUAUACGAGCUAUUACCUCAUCUCUGCUUGGCUCACUUGGCUCUGCAGCAUUUUAAAGCGACUUUCCUAAACCUGACCAAGUUCCUUCCCCUGUCACUCCUACCCGACGGCUCUGGGUUCCAGCUCCUUCGUCCGAGUCCACCUAGACAUUAUCUCCCCCAUUAGACUGUAAGUUCCCAGAGUGCGGGAACUGCUUUGGCCAUUUCUGCCUGUAGACUGACUCAAUUUCAGAGAUUUUGAAUCCUCAAUCAUUUAAAUGCAAACCUGUUUUUGUUGGCUGGGAGCCAAGGACCGUAUUUCACAUAAACAACUUUUCAAAUGCAAGUUUAUUCUUUUCUUUCUUUGCAUCAGGAAAUGUUUGUGGUUGUGGAUAAUGGUAAACUCAUUAAAAAUAAAAACAAAGAAAAAAAAAAGAGAGAGAGAGAGACCUUAACAUAGAACCAAAGAGGCCAUAGCUUGCCAGGGGGCCCAAGUUCAAAGGCUGCAACCACAGGGGUCUCUUAGCGGAAAGAUGCUGGUGACGUUAUAGUGAGUCACGCGUACGUUCUCGCGAGGUUUCGGCUAAAUUAGGACAAAGCUUCUAGAUUCUAGGCCGCAAUCCCGUCCCUUGCUUCGACCUCUUAUGGAAAGCAUAAAUCUAAGUGUGCGAUUUUCACUCUCUACGUCCAUUUUUUUCAAGUUCGGGGAACUCCGGAGUUGGAAUGAGGAGGAAGGGGGUAGAAUAGAAGAGUAAAGGAAUGACCCUCAAAGGAGCCGACUGCGAGGACUUCAACUCCCGGAAGCCUAUAGGUGUAUAUAGCACGCGCGCGGGCCCUCGGACUGCUUCCUACACCGGGGAAUUAUGGGAAUCGUAGUUCAUGGCUAAGCCUACGCAGGCGCAGUUUUCAGGGGCGCUUCAUUUCAUCCCUUUGUUUUUAGUACUCGGAGGAGCUGGACAUCAGCAGGCGAGCCAGUGGGAUCUCCUCCGCGACGCGAACCUGAGCCGAUGGAGUCCGGCCGCAGGCAUGCCCAGGGCCCGGGAUGAGCGGCUGCCUUCCUGCCCGCACCUCUUCCCGGCCUGGACCCCGCAGUUCUGCAUGGAGUCUGCAGACGGCCCCCCCGGAGCCCCUGCCCCCUGCCCUGUAGGGAAGUGAAGGCGCCGGAGGAUGCCGCAGUCCCUCCCGGGAUACCCCCCCGCGGAGCCUCCUCACCGGCGCUGGUCCAGCCCCGCCUGCGGGAGCCGCUGAGGCCCCAGGAAUUGGGCCGGGAGACCCAGAGUGGGAAAAGCCAUCGGAGACCUUGCUAUGGAGGGGCUGGGCUUGAGGUUUCGGCGGAGAGGCUUGUCUUCUCAAGACUCUGCCCUUCCCCAAGGAAAUAGAAUUACCAAGGCAAAAGGAACAGCUUCCAGGUUCUCGCCAGCCAAAUCCCAGAAAUCACUGACCUUCCAAGAUGUGGCAGUGGACUUCUCCCAGGAGGAAUGGGGGCUGUUGGAGCCUGCUCAGAAGGACAUGUACAGGGACGUGAUGUUGGAGAACUAUGAGAACUUCAUCUCCCUUGCAGGGCUUCCCAUUUCCAAACCCAGCAUGAUUUCCCAGUUGGAGAGAGGAGAAGCUCCUUGGAUUGCAGAGGGAAGAGUUUCAUUGAACACUUACUUGGGUUCCCUUGAUCAGAAGAUGAGAUUCAAAACCAUUGAGUCAGCUCUCAAGCAGUGUGUUUCUAUGGGAGAAUCAUCUAGUGAGAGACUUACAAAGAAUGAUAUCCGAGAUUCUAACGUGUCAGAAAUUUGGAAUUAUAAUAUCAAGUUAGAAAGGCAGAAAUGCAACCAAAAGAGACAGUCUAAGCACAUAAUAAUCACUCACAGAAAAACUUCAAAUGAACCAAGUGCUGCUCAUGAAGGUCAUACUUUGUGGAGAAAGCUCAGUCUAAGGUCAGUUUUUGACACACAACAAAGAGUUUCUAUAAGAAAAUGUCCAUAUAAAUAUGAUAAACUUGGAAAGAACUUUAAGCAGUUUUCAGACCUAAUUAAGCAUAAUAGAUUCUCCUUGGGCAAGAAAAUGUCCAAGUAUAAUAAAUGCAGAAAGCCCUUCAGCUAUCACUCAAACCUUAUUUAUUAUCAUAGAAUACAUUCUCAAGGGAAAGCAUGUAAAUGCAAUGCAUGUGGCAAAGCCUCCAACAUUAACUCUUGCCUUACUGCAAACCAAAGAAUUCAUUCUACAGUGAAGCCCUAUAAAUGUAAAGAAUGUGGGAAAGCCUUCAGUCGAAAGGGAAAUUUUAAAAUACACAAGAUUAUUCAUACUAGAGAGAAACCUUUUGAAUGUAAUGAAUAUGGAAAAGACUUCAGGAAAAAUCAGUACCUAAUUCAGCAUCAAACAAAUCAUGCUGGAGAGAAAUAUUUCGAAUGUAAUGAAUGUGGAAAAGGCUUCAGGAAAAGCUCUUCCCUUAUACAACAUCAAAGAAUUCAUACUGGAGAGAAACCAUUUGAAUGCAAUGAGUGUGGGAAAGCAUUCAGCCAGAAGGGAAGCCUUAAUGCACAUCAGAGAAUUCACACUGGAGAGAAACCCUAUAAAUGUAAAGAAUGUGGGCAAGCCUUCAACUGGAUGGGAAAUCUUAAUACACAUAAAAAAAUUCAUACUGGAGAGAAACCCUAUGUAUGCGAUGAAUGUGGGAAAGUCUUUAGCAGGAAAGGGAGCCUUAUUGCUCAUACCAGAAUUCACACUGGAGAAAAACCUUUUCAAUGUAAUGAAUGUGGUAUAUCUUUCAAAUGGCGUAGAUACCUUAAGGAGCAUAAAAAAAUUCAUACUGGUGAGAAACAUCUUGAAUGUAAUCAGUGUGGGAAAGGUUUGAGAAAGACCUCAUCCCUAAUGCAACAUCAAAGAAUUCACAAUGGAGAAAAACCUUAUAAGUGUAAUGAAUGUGGAAAUUCUUUCAACCGGAAGGAACAUCUUAAAACACAUAAAAUAAUUCAUACUGGAGAGAAACCAUUUGAAUGUAAUGAAUGUGGGAAAGCCUUCAACCAGAAGGGAAGCCUUAAUAUACAUCAAAGAAUUCAUACUGGAGAGAAACCAUAUAAGUGUAAAGAGUGUGGGAAAGCUUUCAGAUGGAAGGGAAACCUUAAUACACAUGAGAAAACUCAUACUGGAGUGAAACCCUAUAAAUGUAACGAAUGUGGGAAAUCCUUCAGCCGAAAGGGAAACCUUAAUGCACAUAAUAGAAUUCAUACUGGAGAGAAACCUUUCCAGUGUAAUGAAUGUGGGAUAGCAUUCAAGUGACUCGCAAACUUUGCUGAUCAUUAGACAAUUUGUACUGGAGAGAAACCUUUGAAUACAAUGUAUUGGGAAAGCUUUCAAAGGAAUACCUUGCUGAUCAUCAAAUAAUUAUUUCUGGGUAGAAUCUUUAUAAAUGUAAUGAAUAUAGUUCAUCCCUCAUCAAAGACUUCAUAUUAAAGGUGAACUGUGGAAUUGUUAUAUAAUAGGGGGAUGCCAUAAAUUCAUCAUUUAUUAAAAACUGAA